GACUAUCUCAGUGGAUGCCCUUAGAUGGUCGUAACCAAGGGCAACAGGGCAAAACAGAGAAGACACAUGGGGGUUUUCCUCAAAUAUAGUAUCGCCAUUCCCUUCCUGAUAAUAUUGUUGACAAGAGCUAGUUCCCGUUCCUGUGUAUACAAUAGGAAAACAAUGUUGGACCAUCAGGAGAACGUCUUGACAUUCGACAUUAACUAUGUGAAGCAAUCACUUUCAGAAAAUUUUACCACUGUCUGCAAAACUAAAAAAGAUACCAGCCCGAUAUUUCUGGAUCUAUGCAACAAUUCUGCAAAGGUAGAUGAGACACAAGGAAUCGCUAGAUCACACUGCUACAAUAAUUCCAGAAAUGUAACCUUUUGUUGCCAGUAUAAGAACUUGGCUUACAUGGCAUGUUUACUGAAGCACCACACAAGAAAUCUAAAGCGACAUAAUUCAUCUACAACUGUUGAACUGUAUAGAAGACUAACUAUACUUGUGCAACACAAUGACAUUUUCUGUUUGAGCUCUACAAAUAAGCGACAGAGAUCACAAAAAAAUAAUAAUGGAAAGAUAUGCAAGGAAAUAUACAAACUUAAUGAAACCCUUGAGAGGUAUACCACUAGCUGGCAAGAGUUCAGAGCUUCCAUCAACUGCACAUAAAGGCCUUUAUCAAACCAAGGUCUCUGAAUGGACUGAAUCUACUUGUAUAUAUGGACCCAACUUCUACUAAACAAUGGGUAACUUUCAGGCAAAAUAUCAUAUGUACUCUUACAGCUCAUCUGUCAACACUCAUCAUUACAGAUUAUCAUCUAAUUUCAAAUGGUAAUUUACUUAGCAUUUUUUUGCCAGAAUUUCAAAUCACAAAUGUCAAAUUUUGAUUGUCUUUGUUAGCUUUAUUAUAGUUUGAACAGUAAGGGGGCCUCCAUGUUUAUGACAUAGGGCACAUUUGCAAAACCACAUUCACAUGCAACAGAAAAACUUAAGCAGAUUUCUGGACAUACUGUGGAUUUGCCAUAGCUUUGUUGCAAAAUAUAAUACACUGGAAAACUUUACUAUGUCUGAGCAUACCCUAAACAUUUUAGAAGAGCUAUGCACUGAUCGAUGACUGAUGCAAAUAAAAUGUACCUAAAAUGGUUGUAUGGGCACAACGGCACAUUUUUCAUAUAUGGCUGGGGUGCGAUAAAAAAAAAAAAAAUCAUGACCCCACCAAAAGAUUUUAUGUGCCCGGAUACAAUGUCAUAAUAAGGUUCUGCAAAGCUAAGAAUGUUUUUGUGGUUGUUUAAUAAUAUUGUAUAAGGUUCUAUAACCAAAUCAGUUAGGCUGGGUUCACAUAUGUCCGACGUCCGGCAUAGAUUUCCUCCAGCGUGCACCGGAGGGAAACUGAUGCUAGAACUGAUCCCAUUCGUUUGAAUGGGACAAUUCACAAUCAUCCAGCGUCUGAAUUAUGACGCUGGAUAGUUGGACACACUGGAUGGCACGGGACAGGGGAACGCAACUUGCUGCAAUGGACGCCGGCAUCCGGCAGUGGACACCGGAUGCCAUACAACUGAUGACAACUGAUGCACGUUGUCAUCAAUUAUGGCAUCAGUUGCGUUGAGUUCUAGGCUGAGUUUACCUAUGCCGGAUACUGGAUAUAUGUGAACCCAGCCCAAGAUACAGUUUUUCCUUUCUUGCAUUGAAACAGCCAUAUAUACCUACUGAUUAGUGGAAGAGACUACUUCGAAAAGUUUUUUUUGUUUUUUUUGUGUGUAAUUUUUCUGUCGUUAAAGAAAUUUAAAAAAUUUUCUGUAUAAUGCAACUAUAUGAGCUAUUUAUUGAAAUGGUUUAAGUUCAAGAUAAAACUGUGGAGUAAAUCUACAGUAGUAGUUAUAGUAGGCAAUGGAUGAAACAAAUGACCAGAUGAAUGUUUUAGGAGGGUUAGACAUUUUAUUCAAUUAUUGUACAUCUCUGCUGCAUUUCAUAGCAAUUAACCUGUGUCCCUUUAGCAAUGGUCAAUGUGAAUGUAUAGCAGUUUAUACUAAAAUGUUGAUAAAACGUACGUCCAUGUGCCAGAAGGCAUGUUCAGGUGGUGCACUAUGUCACACAUCCACGGCAUCAAAUUUUCUAGCAAUAUGGCACUUUUAUAAAUAUAGCCUAAUAUGUCCUAAACUUCCCUCUGUAUAUCAUUUAUAGUUAUUUAUAGGAUAAAACCACACUUGAUCAGUUUUUCCAAGACCUGACUGUUUCAUCCAAAGGAAGGCGUAACCAAACUCAAAAAAACAAAUACGCUAUAAUUAUAUUAUUUAGAUGACAUUGUAUCCGUACCGUCUACUUCUUGAGCCAGGGCAUUUCAAAUGUUGCCUGGUAAUUGCUCCAUAUUCACAAUGAGGCCAUUAUAUACAGGCAAUAUAAUAUAAGCAUUUCUGUGUUUUAUCUUUAUAUUUCUAUGCAAAAUAAUAUAGAAUUUGCUUUUGCAGCUGCAGAUUAUCAUUGGGUGCCUUGCUUACAGAAAACAUAAUUCAAACAAGGGGCGCAGAGGGAUAUGGUCCUGCGUCUGACCACACUAAUGUGUAGUUUGUCACCCAGCUUUAGUAUAGAAAAUUAUAAGAGCACCAAUAGUGUCUCGGGUGUGCCUAAAAAAUAACUUUUAUUGUAGACUAGUUAAAAUAUUACUCUAACUUAAAGUGUACUCGUGUCAACAAUCACCACAAAUAACAAGGAAUGUCGUUGGUGCAUACAAGGGAGGCCCAGGUGAGCUCUGCUUGGCCUUGCCAGCCCAACUUGGUCUCACAUGCACCAAUUACUCCCACCAAUUAGAGCCGCCGAGGCAUUUCUGCCAAUAAUUAUAAUGGCGUCGUCAGGGAGGUUCAGAAAUUGGUUUAGAUCAGUGGUUCUCAACCUUUUCGGCGACUGUACCCGCGGACUAAAGGCGUGUUCUUACC